AGGAGGAUGUUGGAUAUCUGAUAGUUUUGAUUGUCUCGCUCAGUUCCACACCCAAAAGAAGGACUGGAUUUAAGGAGCGGUUUCAGCAUUUGACCUCUUUUUUUAACAAGAGGCGUCAAUGCCAUUACUUCAACGGUCUCAGAGCUUCAGAUUUCUGUACACGUAUAAAGACAUGAAGCAGCAGCGGAGUAACUGGCCUGAGGCUGAUCCUCCUCCCAUCUCAUCCUCUUCUCUGUGCGCGUGUGUUACACUCUGCAGCAUCAUGGUGUUUUUUAUCAUCUGUGCUUUUGUGGGUGUUGUGAUAGCAUAUACGGUGCAGAAGGAGCAUUACUUCAUGGAUACAGUGGAGUUAAAAGGCCUACAGUACAAACCUGACCUCAAGGAUAAAAUGUCUGCAUUUUUUUUAAUCCUGACAGCCACUUUGGAAACAAAGAUUCAGAAUAUUUUCCUCACAUCAUCGAUUGCACACCAUUUUGUCUCCUGCCACAUCGUUGCAUAUGGGAACAUCAGUAAUAAUGUGAUGGCGACAAUCAGUAUGGUCUUCAAAGUGUCCAGAUUUCAAAUACAAUUUGCUGAGGACACAGACCGUUUCAUCCAGGAGCAGAUUCAACAUGGCUUUCAGGCUUUAGUCAGCCCAGAGCCACUGAGCGUUCCUGGGUUUGGAGAAAUUCAGAGCAUCAUCCUUCUGGGUGCUAGUGGAAAGUCUUUCUUAGUAAUCAAUGCUAAUGCAAGUAGAUGUUCGAAUGACACGUUAACCUGUGCCAGUGGGGAGUGUGUGACUAAACCUAACCUUGAUUGUGACUCCAUGUUGGACUGUUCUAAUAAAUCAGAGGAAGCAAACUGCUCAUGUGGCAGGAAGCUGGUGGUCGACAGUCGUGUUGUUGGGGGUGAAAAUGCCCAUCAUGGUGAUUUGCCCUGGCAGGUGAGUCUGAGACUCCAGGGUCAUCACACCUGCGGAGCCUCCAUCAUCAACCGCCGCUGGCUGGUCAGCGCUGCACACUGCUUUGAGAGAAGUAAAAACCCAAGGGACUGGGCAGCACUGAUUGGAGCAAGUGUAGUGACGGGUGUGGAGAAGGAAGCCGUAACAGUGAACAUCAAGUCUCUGAUCAUCUCUCCACAUUAUAACCCUGUAAACUCAGACAGUGAUGUGAGUGUCCUAGAGUUGGAAAAGCCUCUGACUUUCACUCCUUACAUCCAGCCCAUAUGCAUCCCGUCUUUGUCUCACGUCUUCAGUCCUGGACAAGACUGCAUCAUCUCUGGCUGGGGAGCCAUCAAACAGGACAGCAGCCAGGUGCCUUUAAUGCUCCAAAAAGCCUCAGUGAAGAUCAUUGACUCGAAAGUGUGUAACAGUUCAACUGUGUACAGAGGAACCAUCACCAAAACCAUGAUGUGUGCUGGAUUUCUACAGGGAAAAGUCGACUCCUGUCAGGGAGACUCAGGAGGUCCUCUAGUGUGUGAAAGCAGCACUGGUCGCUUCUUCCUGGCAGGUAUAGUCAGUUGGGGAAUGGGAUGUGCACAAAUGAACAAGCCAGGAGUCUACUCCAGGGUCACUGUCCUCCGCAACUGGAUCCUGAGCCAUGCAGAGCCCAGUAGCACGAAGGAAAGACCUACAGUUCGCAGCGCAACAAACACUGCAAUCCUUCGUGCUAAGGCCAUCGCUUCAACUCCUGUGGCCAUCACUUCAACUCCUAGUGGGAGCACCAGUAACGGUGCUGUAAACUGCAGUGGAAACUUUAACUGUGGUGCUGGAGUGUGUAUCAGCAAGAUCAACCCGGAAUGUGACCGAGUCGCCGACUGCUCUAAUGAAGCUGAUGAGAAAAACUGCGACUGUGGCCAGCGACCUGAAUUCGGCCAGCAGAGAAUUGUGGGAGGUAUGAGUGCCCGUCGAGGGGAGUGGCCAUGGGUGGCGAGUCUACAGUUCCAGCGUUUACAUCGCUGUGGUGCCACUCUUAUACACUGCAAAUGGCUCAUUACAGCUGCUCACUGCUUCACCAGAAAGGAGUCAAACCCCAGUGGCUGGACGGUAAGUUUAGGCUCGGUGGUCCGGUCCGGACUGGGAGCUUUGGUCAUUCCAGUACAGAGGAUCAUCCAGCAUGCUGCCUUCAACAGCAGCAACAUGGACUUCGAUGUGGCCCUGGUGCAGCUCUCAAUCCCAGCACCAAGCUCCUACACCAUCCAGACUCUGUGUUUACCCUCCCCGACACACAGCUUCUUCAAGGGCACAGAGUGUUACAUCACAGGCUGGGGUUCAAUGAGGGAGGAUGGAAAGCUAACUAAUCAGUUACAGAAAGCUCAAGUUGGUAUAAUAGACCAAUCAGAGUGUCAGCAGUCUUACGGAAGAAAACUGACUGCCAACAUGAUGUGUGCUGGAUCAAUGGAAGGUGGCAUUGAUACAUGUCUGGGAGAUUCUGGAGGCCCUUUAGCAUGUCGUGAGCCUCGGGGCCGGUGGUUCAUAGCUGGGGUGACUAGCUGGGGUCGAGGCUGUGCUCGGAACAGAUUUCCUGGUGUUUAUACACGGGUCACGGCCAUCAGGGAAUGGAUAUCAACAUACCUCCCGUUUUAAAGAUGUACAGACUAUUACUGUUGCAUUCUUACUUGAAAAGCUGCAUAUUUAUUAUGGGUAUUUAUUAUUGUUUGUGCCUCAAUUAAAACCUUUGGUUCUACUGAAGCUUGGGAACAUUAAAAGCUGACCUCAUGUGGUGAGUUGUAUUUUGUUUUGGCGAAGUCCAUUUACGUAUGAAAUCAAUAGUUAACCCUGGUUUUAUGCUGCACAAAUUUGAAGACAUGAAAGGAACAAGGAAAAACAUCAUUGAACAUACUUGCAUAAAUGUUUUAUGUAUUGGAAACUUGACCAGCAAUCAGUGAAAUUGCAAUUGGAAUUGUGUUCAGCACAAAGCCUGGUCACUUCUGCCAGGAGUUUACGACUUUCUACAUAAUGACCCCGGAAACAAAAAAACUAAAACAUAGUAAUAUCAGGCCACAUAUUCAGACUAUAAGGCCACAAAUAAUUUCUUAUUACUCUGGUCAAAAAAGAAUUGUAUUACUUUAAAUUUUGGCAAUAAUUUCGUACUAGCUGUUGAUUUCAGGUUUACUAUUACCAUGUGGACAUAAUUAAAUUAUUUCUACUAUAAAAUUCUAUACACACAUAUAUUUAUAUAUAACAAACACGCACAACCAUUUAAAAGUCUGGACACCUUGCAAUUCCAUGAUAUUUCCUGAUUUUAAUUUCUUUCUACAUUAUAAAACAAUGCUGAAGGCAUUAAGAUAUAUCUUGAAAAGACAUAUAAGACAUAUUUGUAAAGCCUAUGCUCUGCUGGUGCUGUUUGUUAGUGAUUUUUGAGGCUGGUUUCUCUAAAUGAACUUGUCCUCUGCAGCAGAGGUAGGUUUUGGUCUUGGUCUUCCUGGGAUGGUCUUUUAUGAAAGCCAGUUUCAUCAUUGGUGCUUGAUGGGUUUUGCAAAGGCACUUGACAAUACUGUUCUUGCAAGAACUAUUCCAGAACAUCUGACCUUUGUGUUCUAAAGUAACAACGUUCUUGUUGUUAAUUAAUUACCUAAUGCCAUGUUUAUCAUUUUUUAGUUUUCAUAAUAUCUAGUAUUAUUCUAGAAUGCAGAGAAUAAACCCAAACUUGUGUCCAAACUUUUGACUGGUACUGUAUGUGUGUGCAUACUAUAAUCUUUUAGAAUAUAAUUUUAUCUAUAGUAUAGUAUGAAGGAAGUUUAUUUUAUUACUUGUAUUGCAGAUUACUGUAACUUUUGGGAAUAGUAGGGAUACUGUAAAACUUUAAUUAAUUAAUAAAUGGGCAAAUUACAGAUGGGAUAAUGGAGGUGUGAGCAUUGCUUUGAUGUAUUUAAAGUUUGGUAAAUAUUAAAAAGGCUGAAAUUUUGUGCACAUAUUACACUGUGCUAAUAAAGUUAAUUAAAAAUGAUCUGACCACACUGUUCACAUGCAUAAACU